CCAGUCUUGCUCCUGCCCUCUGCUGCUGCUGUAAGUCUUCAGGUAUACCCGGGAGUCUAGUGCCACUCAGAGCCCACCCUUCGUGGCACCCGCUACUAGUGGCAACCAAUCGCCAAUAGCCUAUAUCAUCCACCGCCCGUGCCAGUCACUGUCCUUGGCGCCCACGGCCGCCAAUAGGCCUACUAGCAUGCAUAACCAGGGAAAGGCAGCUGUCUUGCUUCUGGCUGUCGUCACAAUGAUCCGAACAGUUGAGAGAAGCCAGGCAACAACAACAACAUCCCCAGAAACAGCAGAAGCAUCAGAAACAGCAUCAGCAACAGAAGCAGCAAAAGUAGCAGAAACAAUCACAUCAGCAACAAUACCAUCAGUACCAGAAGCAUCAGCAGUAAGAGCAACGGUGGCUCCCCAGGACGAUACUGAGAGUGAAGACAUCGCUUAUAGACAUGUUGACAACUAUCAACACAAUAACAUCACCGCUACGACCAAGGCUAAAAACAUCAAGAAGGAGAAUCGACAAUCAGACGGUGUCUCCAAGGGACUAAGUAUAACAGGCCUGACCACCGGAACUCAGAUUGCUUUGCCCAGCUUCGACCCAUUAUCCGCCUUAGGGAACCAACUCGCCUUUCCCAGCUUUGACACGUUUUCCGUCUUUGGCAAUGCUCAGUCUGCCGUUCAAGCCGUGGAUUCGAUCUCGGUGGUAGAGACUCAGAUUGACCCAGCUAACCUCACAAGCUUCUUCAUCGGCAACAACCUGACAGUCACCAUCAACUAUGAUGAGCUGAUAGCCGAGUUCUUCGCCUUCGUUCCAUUCUUCAUAGCGGCGGUAGCCGCGGCUGGCAUCCUGGGUGUUCUAGGUGUUAUUGCUGUGGCUGCCAAGGGAAAGUGA